AUGGCUAAAGCAUCUGAUGACAUCCCUUUGGUGAUCGACCACGCCUUCACUCAUCAGAACUUGCAUCAUUUCUCUGAGAUGAAUCAAGACAGAAUCUACAUGGACUACAAUGCCACAACUCCACUGGAGCCAGAAGUAAUUAAGGCCAUCACAGAAGCCCUCGAGGAUGCCUGGGGAAACCCAAGCAGCAAUCACUUAGCAGGUGCUAAAGCCAAGGCAAUGAUUAGCCAGUCCAGAGAGAGCGUGGCGAGAAUGGUUGGAGGUAGAGCAGAGGACAUCAUUUUCACAUCAGGUGGAACAGAGGCCAAUAACCUGGUGCUCAACACUGCUGUCGAGCACUUCAGGAGAAACUACAGGGCUGCUGAGCAAGGAGAGGGGCAUCACAAUGGAGCCAGUGCCUGCAUUCCUCACAUUAUCAUCUCUAAUGUGGAACAUGACUCAGUCAAACUUGUAGCUGAGAACCUGCAGAAAAAUGGCAAGGCAGAUGUGACAUUUGUACCCGUGUCGAGGGUAACAGCCCGUGCAGAGGUGGAGGAUAUAAUUGCUGCUGUGCGUCCCAACACUUGUCUCAUCUCUGUCAUGCUGGCCAACAAUGAGACAGGAGUCAUCAUGCCUAUCCAGCAGAUCUGCCAGAGAGUGAAAUCCCUCAACAAGCAGCAUGAGAGGUUUCGGAUCCUGCUGCACACGGAUGCUGCUCAGGCUCUGGGGAAAAUCCGAGUAGAUGUGUGUGAACUGGGAGUGGAUUAUCUCACCAUAGUGGGACACAAGUUCUACGCUCCGAGGAUCGGGGCUCUGUUUGUGAACGGCCCCGGGACGAGAACACCGCUGUACCCGAUGUUUUUUGGAGGAGGACAGGAGAGAAACUUCAGACCAGGCACAGAGAACACACCAAUGAUCGCUGGGCUGGGAAAGGCUGCAGAACUGGUGGCCUCUAAUCUGUCAGAAUAUGAGAGUCACAUGCAAUGUAUCAAACUGUACCUGGAACAACGGCUGGAGGCCGUAUUUAAUGAGAAGAUCCGCUUCAACAGCCAUUACCCCGGCUCUGAUAUCCUCCCUAAUACAUGUAACAUGUCCAUCCUGGGCCCAGGAUUACAAGGCUGGAAGGUAUUAUCCAACUGUGAGAGGCUGCUGGCCAGCGUUGGUGCUGCCUGCCAUUCAGACAGUGGACACAGGCCCUCACAUAUCCUCCUGAGCAGUGGCGUCCCCGCAGAGGUGGCAGCUAACGCCCUGAGGUUGAGCGUGGGCAGAGGGACGACUAACGCAGAUGUGGAUGCAGUCGUAGAAGAUCUGAGGGAAACAGUGCAGCUGCUGGAGGAAGCACGCCGAUGA